UGAGCAUAAUGGCUGCCAAGCUUUCACUGAAGGCUCUCCUGGGCCAAACCACAGAGAGUGAGCAUAACCCAUUGACCAUGUCUGAUGAGCAGAUUUUGGAGCAAAUUUACUCAACCCAUGUCCACACUCACACAAAUUUUGAUGUAUCCUCUCUUUUCACCCUUGUUGACAACACCCUUAAGCGUUCAACCCAAAUUGUUGACAAUAUUGUGCAGGGUUCCCAACCAAGCUUGGAGCACAUAGAUGACAAUAACCCCCAAGUCAAUUUCGCUUCACCACUCUGUACCCUGAAGCAGAUUUCUUCUGAGAUGUCGUGCAAGCAUCCGGGUGAGGAAAUAGCUCACAAAACAACAUUGGCCAUACUUAACAAGCUCUCAAAUUAUGAAUGGGAUGCAAAAGCUGUGCUUACACUGGCGGCUUUUGCACUUGAUUAUGGAGAGUUCUGGCUGCUUGCACAGCAUCAGUCAACAGAUCUUCUAGCCAAAUCUGUGGCUGUUCUGAAGCGAGUGCCAGUGCUUGCAAGGCCAGCAUCAGUGCAAAAACAUCGCCAAGCUAUUACUGAGAUUAAUAGUCUGGUCAAAACAACUUUGCAAGUGAUUGAAUUAAUCUUUCAGUUGGAGAGACUUACAACUAGUUAUGACACAAAGACUGUACCUGCCUUGUUGUCCUUCAUAGAACAAAUGCCUGUUGAUGUCUACUGGGCUAUCAUCACUGUUGCCUCUAUUGUCACUCAAAUCGAUUGCCUCACUACUGAAUCGGAGCACAAGCAAGAACUGUCCCACUAUGGUCAAAAGAUUAACAUCAUACUGAGCAAGCUGAGGAAGCAAAUCACGCUCUGCAGACAACAGAUAGCGGACGCAAAAUAUUUUACAGACCUCGUGAAAAUAUUACAAACCCCCACUGAAGUAAUGGAGGUGUUUAAGUUUCUGAUUUUUUCAAUGGAAGCUCCACAGCCACUGUUUGAUGGUGCUACUAAAACUACGGUUGACAUAACUGUGCUAAAGAAGAAGCAUGUGUACUUGUUCAUUUCCACACUAGACGUCACGGAGGAAGAAAUUUCAGUACUCCGACCAGUUUAUGAUUCAAUUAAAACAAAAGAUCAGUAUAAGAUUGUGUGGAUUCCAAUUGUUGAGGAAUGGACCGACCAGCUUCGCAAGAAAUUUGAGGUUUUGGCAAGCAAGAUGCCUUGGUAUGUGGUGCAACACUUUGGACCCAUUGCAGGGUACAAGUACAUUGUGGAGGAAUGGCACUUCCAAAAGAAGCCUAUUGUUGUGGUGUUGAAUCCUCAAGGGAUGGUGCAGCAUACAAAUGCAUUCCAUAUGAUUCAUGUUUAUGGAAUGAAGGCCUUUCCCUUUACUCGUGUGGAUCAAGAGAGAAUUGACAGAGAAAUUAACUGGGUUGGCUCCGUAGUAGGCAACAUUCACCCCAACAUAACCACCUGGAUCAAAGAGGAAAAGUACAUUUUCUUCUAUGGAGGCAAGGAUAAAGGUUGGAUCCAAGAGUUCACUAAGUAUGCGACUACCCUUGCAAAUGAUGUCACCUUAAAGGAGGCAAAGAUUUCAAUAGAGUUGUUCUGUGUGGAAAGGGAAGAUAAAGGCCUCAUAAACCGGUUUUGGAGUGGCAUUGAGAGUUUGUUUGUGACUAAGGCUCACAAGACAGUUGAUGCAGUGACUCAAGAAGUGCAAAAGAUGCUCUCAUACAAGAAUGAAACUGGAUGGGCUCUCCUCAGCAAAGGGUCAUCUGUGGUGGUGAGUGGUCAUGGAAACACAAUCUUGAAGACUGUGGCAGAAUUUGAGAAAUGGAAAGAGGUUGUGAUCAAGAAGGGAUUUGAGUUCUCCUUCAAAGAAUACCACGAGAGGAUUGUGAGAACCACUCAUCGCUGCUCACACCUUGAGAUUCCUAUUGUUGCGGGAAAGUUACCAGAGACCAUAAAAUGCCCUGAGUGUCCCAAUACAAUGGAGAUUUUCAUCAGCUACAAAUGCUGUCACAAUGAGAAUACUGCAAAUGCCAAACACUAGAAUUGUCUGUGGUUUGAAGUUCUUUGUUGAGUGUGGUUUGAAUUUCUUUGUUGUCUUCAGUCAAGAGUUAAGGUCAAAGAGAGCUACUCCUAUUCUGCGCCAGCGCUACUUUUAGGAUUUAGCUUCUCUUGUUAAAUAAAGAUGACCCUGUCAUUCAAAAAAUAAGUUGUUCCUUCUUCUUUGUAAUCUGUUGCUUGUAAUCUCAAAAUUUAC